GCGUGAACUGAAGGAUAGUUAGAAAUUAACCAACGAGGAGCCGUAACUAGUAUAAAACCAGACCAAAUAAUAAAUAUCGCACACUGCAACUGUACGUUUAGUAACGUGAUAUUAGUGAGAAAUUUGUGGAAAAUGUUUUCGUUUAUCGCGUUUUCGUGCCUCGUCGUCGUGGCAACAGCAGCUCCGUAUCACGGCGACGUCGGACUUGCCACCUACGACGCGGUGCCUCGCUACCACUUCAACUACGCCGUCAAUGACCCAGUGACGGGUGACAACAAGCAUCAGUCAGAAACCCGCGACGGAGGCUACGUCAGGGGUUCAUACUCUCUAGCUGAGCCCGACGGUACCGUGAGAGUAGUCGACUACACCGCCGAUCCUGUAUCGGGCUUCAACGCGAUCGUCAGACGGAUCGGCCAAGCGGUUCACCCACAAGUCGCCCGACCAGUCGUCCAACCGGUUGUAACACAGUACGCAACGCCGAUAUCUCACGCGCCUCUUUCACACGCGCCUAUUUCACAUGCGCCUAUUUCACACGCAUCAUCAUUCGCGACCAGCAAUGUGGACUACAAUAAUGACGGCUACGAUCAUUACAAUUGGGCUAGUGGUUUAUCCCACCAUGGACUCGGUUAUAACGGGCAUAUUGACGGUUCGUGGAAUCUAGGAGGCCACGGAUACUACGGACGCUAAACGCAAGACAGCAGGGCAUGUACAAUAUAGUCAAUAAUAAACUAUUGCUUUUCCUUCAGCCUGAAUAUAAGGUACUAUGUGCGGAAACAAUAGUUUAGUUAAGGUAGAUUAUGUAAAUAUGACCC